AUGUCGUCGUCGUCCACAGGUUUAGACAUGUCUCUUGAUGAAAUUAUUGCGAAAAAAAGACCAUCAAGAGGAGCUAGGACAGGUGGUCCUACCCGUACCGGUGGCAUCGUUAAACGUUCUGGUGGUCCCGUCAGAAAUCCUCGGUCUCCACAAGUUAGACCUCGACCUUACAGUAGUAGUGCUGCUACAACAUCAUCAAAUCUUAACGCAUCACCAGAAGGAAAAAUUCUUGUUUCAAACCUCGCCUAUAAAGUCACAGAGGCAGAUCUUUGGGUAACUAUUAUAAAAAAAUGUCCAAUACUUUACAAACCGUUGACGGUUGUGCGACAGAGAGAGACAGCAGAAAAAAUCAGAAAGAGGCGAAUAGUUUCUUUUUUUUUGGUGCCAAAGCUGGGGUUUACCGUCAACAAUAAACCUGAAGCGAAAAGGCAACCCUUGUACGAAUUAAUUAUCGUCAACGGCCCUUCUUCGCCAUCUGGCUUUGGAGCCUGGAGAUUCUGA